AAUAUAAAUAUAUUUAAAUAAUCUAAAUGAUUACUUUUAUAACCAAACAAUGAAUGUCUUCACUGAUGACAUGCAGUCUGACAGAAGCGCACAAGAAUGCCAUCCGUGGUAUCCGAAAGAUCAAGUAUUUUGUGGCCCGACGUAAGUUCCAACAGGCGAGGAAACCCUAUGAUGUGCGCGAUGUGAUCGAGCAGUACUCUCAGGGACAUCUCAACAUGAUGGUCAGGAUCAAGGAGUUACAGCGCCGACUGGACCAAACACUGGGAAAGCCGGGCUCUCACCUGAGUAUUGGUAUGAAAUGCAUACCAAUCGGGACCCGACUCUACCGAAUGGAGCAACAAAUCAACACAAUUGACAAUAAAGUGGACAAUAUUUUACAGAUACUCAACAUUUUCGUAGAGAAGGGAAAGCCAUCGAUGUUUCAAAGAACUCAAUCAGUGGAGGACACGGUGUGA